AUGAAGACUAUCAUGAAGCUAUGUGGCCUUUUUGCCAUGAUUGGCUUUUCCUGUGCCCAGAGAAUAUGCACCGCAGACGAUGUUGUUCUCUCACUGUCAGCAGUUCAGUAUCUGGCCGACAAGAUGCAACUACUGGUUGACACGAACAACAACAAUAUAGACCCGUCUGGUCCGAUCUACAAUAACUACCUGACUCAAACAAAUCAUCUCAACCAGGAUUUGCAAUGCAAUGCCAAUGUGACACCGACAGACCAGCUCAAUAUCUGUGAUGCUUAUGAGCACUUUUCGCAUUCGCAGUUACGAUUCCUCCAUGUGGCCGAUGGAUUGAAGUUCUACCAGCAGAAUGGAAAUGACGACAAUGCCGUGAAGAUGCACGGAUAUAUUCUGGCAGCCGAACAGUCUUUGGUGAACUACACGUCUCGAAUCAAGGAGAUUUCCCCUUCAUGCUCCGCUCGCAUCGACACAGCUUACAAGCCGUUGGGCGCUCAGUUGAAUAGUCUAAAAGACGCUUACCCCAAGGCGAGUUAA